GGCGGGAGCGGGGGGCGGGAUGGCGGCGGCCGCGGCCGGAGCGGGCGACGGGGUUGGAGCCGACCUACUGGGCGCCUGCCCCGGCGCGGACAGCGGGAACGUGUCCCAAAGCCACAGCAGCGCCUCCGGCCUCGGGGAGCCGGAGGACGAGGACGCCUCGGAGGCGUCGCUGAGCGCCACCGCCGCCGCCUACUCCGCGUACCUCCUCGCCGACCGCAGCCUCUUCAGCGAGCAGAUAGAAAGCUUAGACAAGAGUCUAGAAGACUUACUGACCAGAGUGGAUGAAUUCGUGGGAAUGCUGGACAUGAUUCGAAGUGAUUCCUCUCAAGUUGUCAAUGAAAGUAUACCUCAAAUUUACACAAAAGCAAUAGAAAUGAGGCAGAUAUAUAGGAAGAUUGACAAACUAGAGGCUUUUGUGAAAAUGAUUGGAAAUAGCGUAGCUGGACUGGAAGAACGGGUCAUAAAGGCAGAAACAGACCUUGGAGCUUUUCCAAGCACAUUCAAGAAAAUCUUGCACACAAUCAGCAUACCAUCCUUCCUUAAUAAAUCGUCUUCCUCGCGACAACAACAGGCGCUCUAUGAACCUCCAGUCCUCUUCAAGACUGAAGACUAUUUUCCAUGUCUUAAUGAAGCACCUUAUUGAUGAUUUUUGCUUUGGGAUUGAUAUGAAUCAGCCAGAAUAGAGACAGCCAAGUGAACAAAAGAAAUGCUAACCUCAAAACAGCGGCAUUUCUGGGCACUGUUGAUGACAUAUUGCCAUUCUGGUUCUCAUUGUCUUCCUUCAGACAGUAUUUUCAGGUAAUCUUUGUUUGUGUUCAUUAUUUCAAAAAUCUUCCUAAAACACCAUAUAAAUUUUCAGAUUAUUUUGGGGAGAGAAUUUAAGAAUACUUUGCCAUUAAUUUUUUUUAAUAGGAAAAUAAUAGGAAACGUACUUUUAUAUAUAAAUUCUUUAACACGUAAAUGUUUGUGCUGCUGCAAGUGUAAAUAGCUAUACCACAAGGAUGGUUGUUAUUUUGGGUUUUUUUCUUAAUGUAAUGAUGGAGGUGAAAGAAAAACUAUGCAUAAAACCAUCUACUCCAAGGUUUGAGGCCUGGUCCCUGCAGUUUGUACAGAGAAAUGUACCACAUUGGGGUAUACUAGUUGCAAGGGGAGGAAGGGGAAGCUCAUCAGGGACAUGACUGGAUCAUAGAAUCGUAGGAUCAGCUGGGUUGGAAAGGACCUCAGAGGUCAUUAAGUCCAACUCUUGAUCCGCAUGACCUAGUCCCAGUUCACAAAGCAAACAUCCUGCUCCCACUGACAAUCCUCAGAUCACAGUGACCAAGCCUCUAAUUAGUGCAUCAUUGUAUUGUUCGAUGUGUAGCCAGGUGGACAUGAGGUAGAUACAUCUAUAUCUAUAGAUACAUAUAAAACAAACAUACUGAAAACUUGAGGCAGGGAUGUGCCUGACUGAGCCUUAGUCAGGCACCUCACCAGACUGUUUUCUUUUCCCUCACAACUCUCCAUGUGGUUACUGGGACUUGCUGAUUGCAAUUUAUAUUGUCAAUAAACUAAUAGCUAUCUAAACCCUGUUGUGGUCUUGCAUUUCACCGGACAGUAUUGGACGGCCCUUUCUUUCUGAGGACCUUUUUGCAUACAGCCUCAUAUAAUACCUAGCAGGUGUUAAUCAUAAAUUCUCACUAGAAAUACCCAAAAUUCAGAUUUUGGAGGAAUAAGGAAUGCUUUAGGGAAACAGUAUGUCUGCACAGAAAAGGGUAUGGAUUAUAUAUUAAUAGAUAAGGCUUUGAAAAGCUUAUGUUCUUGUCUCCAAACAGCAGAAGGGACUGAGUUGUAAGCAGUAUCUGAAACAACAUUGAGUAAAAAUGAAAACAAAGAUCAUGAAGUCAGAAUUAGUAGUCUCCAAAAGCAGUCCUGAUGUAAAACUUAUCUGAAUUUUAACAUAAAGAGUCUAGAAAAAUAAUUGUAUGUAAACAUGCAGAAAGGAACAGACAUGACAUUGAAGACGGGCUCCUCUUCCACCUCCCAUACUCCUCACUUUCAUAAAUAAUUCACUAUUCAGAUGUUUCACUGCAGCAACAAUUGCAUUUCUGAAAGGUAUGGUACCUUUCAGUUUAUGCAUGAAUAAUGCUUGAAGGUUUAUCCCUCAGUGAGAUCUAAUGAAAUUACAUACCUCUAACUCAGUGUAGCAACAGAAAGCUACAGUCAAAUACUCUCAAGUGCACUAAUGCUGGCAUGGAAAAAAAAAAAAAGAUAACUUUAGAACAGCUUUCUAAUUAAAUGAAUCAACUGCUCAAAUAAAAGCUUUGUCCUCUGCUAAGGUGAGCCAAAAUGGAGUUGCAUUUAAACAGAUAAUAUUUUAAAUAAUAAAGUUUUCAGUAAGUUUAUACAGCUGAGUAUUUGUCUUACAGUAUUGUUCAUGUUAAUGAGAGAAAAAAAUCAUACAUUCUGAAGUGGGAGUUUAUGUUAAACAGCUGUAUGAAAAAAAAAAAGGGCUGUAUCUUCAAAGCACACCACAAACAAAAAUCACGCAGUUCCUGUAGUUAGUAUAGUUCUGUGUGGAAAUGGUCCAAAAUAUUUUUUAUUACUGAAAAUAAUAGACAUGGAAGAUUCAUUAAGAAAAUACUAUAAAACUACAGACAAUAAAUAAAGUGUGGCUUUUUUAAAUACAUGAUACAGAAUAGCAAGGUCACAGUUCACCUGUGAGCUAUAGUCUAGAAAAGUUGUAAAAUUAAGGCAUCCUCAUAACACUGACAAAAUGCACACAUGCACUCUGCUGUUGGGUUUGUACCACCUUGGCUGUCUCCUUAUUCAUGAUCAGUCUCACAAGCAGGAAUUACACAAAAAAAUCCCAAGUGUUCACACUGCAUAAAGACUGUGAAUAUUCCUUUGUUCUAUCUGCUGUAGUUACUUUAUAUUAGUGUAGAACCAGUAACUAUAUUGUGAAUUAGGCUCAAUAUUUACUGUUUCUGCCAGCUGUAAAUAAAAUCUAAAUCUCAAAAUCCA